UAAGCAGCCAGCGUUUGACAGUAAGGCUGUCCUUGGCUAGCCGCGCUAGCCCGAGCGAGCUAAACAGCGAAUACAGACCCUCUGCAUUAACUGUGUGUGAAGUUGUCGCUGGGUUGUUACCACAGGUCCUGUGUUUGGAUGGCCCCCUGCCCCCCUCAGGUCAGAGCUGAGGGUUGGGGUCAGGUCUUGGGCUAAUGUCACACAGUCCUGGUGAAGAGGGGGGUCUAUCUCAGGCUGCCCCAAACGUCAACACUCAAGACAAGUUUGACAACCCAACUCAGACUUUGGCAACAGAGAACACACCUGGGGAGCAGGUGUCGCCUGUGGUGGAUGAGGCGUCCCCUUCUUCCACAUCCUCUUUUGAGAUGCUUGACAUGGAGCCUGUCCCAGCCCCUUAUCAAGAAGUGCAGCCGCACUGGUUCUACUGUCGACGGGCUGAUGACAGCACCUCCUGGCUUCCUUUCAGCAGGGAAGACUCCGACAGACUAGAGAACGCCUGCAACACAGUAGGGGACAAGGAGGAGGUGGUGAUAGCUGUGGAUGGAGAGCGUUAUGACGUACAUGUCGUGGAGAGGAAGCGCUACGCUGUGUACUGGGAGCAAGGCCCCACUGAAGUGCGCCGCUGUACCUGGUUCUAUAAAGGAGAUAAAGACACCAGGUUCAUGCCUUACCCAGAGGACUUCAGCAAGAGACUGGAGGAGGCCUAUAUGAUAGCAGUGACCUUGGAUGAAUGGAAGAGGAAACUGGAUUUUCCCAACGGAGAGACCGUCAUUUUACACAAUCCCAAGCUGAUAAUGCAAUAUCAGCCAAUAGGAUUGCAGGAUGAGUGGGUGUCCUCCCCCUCGGAGCAGACACGACCUCGAACAGUCAAAAGGGGAGUGGAGAACAUCUCUGUAGAAAUACCUGAGGGGGAACCAGAAAAGGUGGACCACCUUGUCUUUAUGGUCCAUGGCAUCGGCCCUGCAUGUGACUUGCGCUUCAGAUCCAUCAUACAGUGUGUGAAUGACUUCAGGAGUGCUUCUCUGUCCCUGCUGGGUUCUCAUUAUAAGCGUGCUCAGCAGGAUGGCCAGAUAGGAAGAGUGGAGUUCCUCCCAGUCAACUGGCACAGCGCUCUGCAUGGGGAUGCCACUGGUGUAGACGAGGACAUCCAGAGGAUCACUCUCCCAAGCAUCAGCAGGCUGAGACAUUUCACCAACGACACUCUGCUGGACCUGUUCUUCUAUAACAGCCCCACCUACUGCCAGACCAUAGUGGACACAGUGGCCUCAGAGAUCAACAGACUCCACACCCUCUUCAAACAGAGACACUCAGAAUUCAAUGGGACAAUUUCAGUAGUGGGCCAUAGCCUGGGUUCAUUGAUCCUGUUUGACCUGCUAACCAAUCAGAAGACUGGAUCAGAAACUAGACAGGGGGUGCCUUCUGGUCAGCCUUGUCAUCAAAACUGUGACACACUGCAGGAGACUCUGACCAGGCUUGGUCUACAGCAAUUCCUGGAUACACUACAGGCAGAAAACCUAGACCUGGAAUCACUGGCUCUUUGCCAAGACGGUGAUCUCAAAGAUUUAGGAAUUCCUCUUGGACCUCGGAAGAAGAUCCUGAACUACGUCAGAAAGAAAUGGUUUUCAGAGGAGUGUAAGACAGGGGCAGUACGUCUGCCACCAGGUUUGCAACUUCCAUCUGAAGUGGCCUGCGAUGCUGAUGGCACCCAGCCUUCAGGACUGACGAUGCAGCAGACCCAGUUCCACAGGGCGCAGUCUGUCACCAGCGCUGUAGACUACGAAUACUUUGACGUCGGCAUUGGACAGACCAAUGGAGGCAUAGCCAAGGGACAGGUGUCGAUUGAUUACCCACAGCUGGCUUUCCACCCUCAAACAUUUUUUGCUUUUGGCUCUCCUAUUGGAAUGUUCCUGACUGUCCGUGGGCUCAAACACAUCGAUCCCAACUACACCUUUCCAACCUGCAAGAGCUUUUACAACAUCUACCACCCAUAUGACCCUGUGGCCUAUCGGAUAGAGCCCAUGAUUGUUACAGAGGUGGAUCUGGAGCCCAUGCUGAUCCCUCAUCAUAAAGGCCGCAAGAGAAUGCACCUGGAGCUAAAGGACAGCUUGACUCGUAUGAGCAUGGAUUUGAAGAACAAUGUUUUGGGAUCUUUACGGACUGCAUGGCAGUCCUUUGCCAGACUACCAGUUGCUGCGCUGCCCCCAGUGGACGAAGCAGAUACUGCAAUAGAGAGAAACGUUCAAGAGACACAAGCCUCUGCGGCAGUUUCUGCUUCUGCUAAGAGGGAAGGGCAAAGUGCUGAUUUUUGGACUAAAAUACUGGAGUGGCCCAGGGCCCUUCAUAAGCAUUACUUCCAAGGAGCGUGUGAGGAGGCAGAGUCCUCAGUUUCAGCAGAGCAGAUGGAGCACCCUGAAAUUAAAGUGGGAAUGUUGAAUGGAGGGCGAAGGAUCGACUAUGUACUUCAGGAAAAACCCAUUGAGAGCUUCAACGAGUACCUGUUUGCCAUCCAGUCUCAUCUUUGUUACUGGGAAUCAGAGGACACUGCUCUCCUUCUUCUAAAGGAGAUCUACGACAAGCUAGGUGUGGCCUUUGAACAGCCACAACAGUGAUUAAGUUUUAUGAUUGUAAACUUGCUUUUUAACACAAGAGUAACCUGAGAGAAGGAAAACGACGGACAACUGUCAGAGCCAGAGGCUGCACAAUCCUCUUCCAGAAUGCCUUACUGUCUGGGUGUUAGCUGACUGCCCCGCCCUCUCCUGCCAUGACAAUGGAGACUGUUUGGCUGCAGUCAGGUGAUCUUGGUUCAGAUAUGUCAGUCAACCUUCAUGUGAGGUAGCGAUGGCUUCUUGGUGCUGCCUACACUCCACUGCAGGAAUGGGUCCAGUGUCUGAUAGUUGUCAAAUCCACCCUAACAUCAUUGACACGCUCCUGGUCGCACCUUUCUGUCUUUCUUCUUUUCUCUCUUUUUUUACUUUGCACUUUUCAACUGUUGUUGACAUAUCAUGUUUAAAGCUGCAGCUGAUUGAUAUUGAAGUAUUUAUAAUAAUAGCCACAAGACUGUACUGAAGCCCUGAGAGACUGACUUAAGAACAAGUGGAAGAAAUGUUUUCCCAGGAUCAUUGUUCUAGGUUCUUGUUGUUGUAAUACUAAUUUCAGCCACAAGAGGCAGCAGUGCACCACUAAAUGUUCUCAAUAGGACUAAAAUGAUUUCUUCUUCCAGGUGAUUUUUUAUACAUUUCUACCUACAAGAAAGACUUGGCAGUAAUGUUACAUAACUUUCUUACACACAGUAGACUGUAGGGACUUUGUGUCUACAGUUUAAGAAGAAAUUAAAAAUUACCGGUAAUAAAACAUGAAUGCUUUUAGUCUUAUUUAGUGGUGCACUUCCGCAUAUUGUGGCCAAAAUAAAUAUUGAAAAAUGAUAAUGACUUGACUGUUUUCACAGAUUGAAAAAAAACUAACCUAGAAAGAAUUAUCCUGGCAAAACUUUUUUUGUUUACCUACGCACUCAGUCAUAAAGACCAAGAGAAAAUGAUUUAGCUUAGACUUAGAAGAUGGAUCACCAGAUUUUUUUAUUCACUUGUUCAUUUAUGGAAAAAUGCAACAGGUAUAUUGUUUAUCACAUUUGAUAACAAACUGGAAUUCUUUCCAAGGUAGUAUUUCUCUGCAGUUGACAACAAAUAUACAUAUAUAUAUAAAUAUAAAUAUGAAUUUAAAUAUAAA